AAAAAAUCAAUUGUAUGAAAAAUUUCCUCUUGAAGAUGAAGAUUUGUUGACUAAAUUCUUAAAUAGAAAUAUCAGAAGCAAGAAGAAGCAAGACGCACAAACCCAAAACACAGUCUCAUUUUCAGUGACACAUCAUGUCCAUGCUUUCGCUCACUUUCAACUGCUGGAGUUGUUGUGGUAGUAACAGAAGCAGAGCUCGCACCACAUAUUCUGCUUCUACCUUCACCACUCUCGCUCACAGAAGUAGAUAUAGGACAUGUUGUUUUGCCAAGAAAUCUUUGAAGAAAUCCAAAAGUAAAGGACCACCGGAGUCAUAUGGCGGUGACCUUUCCGAUGAGAAAUUUGUUCAAAAUGAUAAUUUGGACACUUCGCUUAUACCACCUGCUCAGAAUGCUAACCCUAUUGCUUCCAGAAAUACUGUGCUUCAGGCUUGUGUAUUAACUUGUGGUUUUAUAACUACGCUUGGGACAGUCAUUCGCCAGGGGUCUCAUGUUGCGUGGAUAGAAGGAUGGCCGGUCUUGGACUGCUCUGCAGAAGUAUCAUUUGGUUUUGAAAUGUGGCAUCUUGAGUUGAUUACAGGACUAGUAGUAUUAAUAUCAUCGAGCCGCUCCUUGUUAUUGAAGACUUGGCCGGAUUUUGCCGAGUCCAGUGAAGCAGCCAAUAGACAGAUCCUUAGCUCACUCCAACCUUUGGAUUAUAUUGUCGUUGCAGUUUUGGCUGGAAUUAGCGAGGAACUACUUUUUCGCGGUGCAGUUCUCCCACUUUUGGGAAUGAACUGGCAGAGUAUUGGCGUAGCAGCUUUUAUCUUUGGUGCUUUGCACAUAGGUGCCGGUCGAAAGUAUUCCUUUGCUAUCUGGGCAACCUUUGUUGGUCUUGCUUAUGGAUAUGCUACAGUUUUAUCUUCUAGCCUUGUAGUUCCCAUGGCUUCUCAUGCAGUGAACAACCUGAUAGGAGGACUUUUAUGGAAGUACACAUCAAAGCAAAAAUGAAACGAGUCAAUCUACAUUCUUCAACCUCGUUUUUCUCCUCAAUCGUCCCCGUCCCGUCCAAAUUUGGUUUUAUGCAUACAAGAAUUAUGGUACAGAGGCCAAUCCAAGAGAUCUGUUUGCAUAUGCAGUCUCCAUUUUUUUAGAAAAAAUAAAUCCAAGUCUGUUUAGAUUUCUGCUGUAAUUAGGUCGAAACCUAUGAUGUUCGAUCUAUUUACAGUAAAUUGUUAACUGAAAAUUGUAAUAAAGAAACUAGAUCAGUUGGCUUGGUUAA